AUGAAUAAAUAACAAUGUAAUUACCAUUAUAGUUUUAAAUUUAUCAUUGUAGGUAAUUCUGGAGUUGGGAAGAGUUGUUUACUCCAAUAAUUUAUUGAAGGUUAAUUUAAAAAUAACAUUGAUUCAACGGUUGGAAUAGGAUUUGGAUAGAAAGAUAUCAUAUAUAAAGACAGUGUAAUUAGAAUAAAUAUUUGGGAUACUGUAAACUUCUUAAUAUUAUUUAGGCAGGUUAAGAGUCAUUUAGGUCUAUUACAAGAGCAUAUUAUAGAGGGUAAAGAAAAGUAAUUUAAAAUUUAGAUCUAUUGCUUGUUUAUUAGUUUAUGAUGUGACAAAGAAAAAAACAUUCCAUCAUUUGAUUAAUUGGUUAAAUGAGGUAAAGUAAGAUUCAUCAGCUGAGAUAAUGAUUGUAGGGAAUAAAAUUGACUAGUGGGGAAGGGAAGUUUCUCAAGAUGAAGGACUAUAAUUAGCCUAAUAAACAGGUUGUUUAUAUUUAGAAACAUCAGCAAGAACUGGGGAAAAUGUUAUACUUGCUUUUGAAACUUUAGUACAACGAAUAUAUAUGAAAAUUAAGAAUAAGGAGAUAGAUAUAAAUGAUCCAUAAAAUGGAAUUAAAUUGGGAUCAAUGACUGAAGUAUAACUAGUCGUUAAUAAAUCUAAUGGAAAUUAAAAUUCUUCAUGUUGCUGAUGAAUUUUUGAUGUUUAUUUUAACAAAUGAUUUAUUUUUAAGAAUUUCGCC